AUGAGGGAGGAAAAAGGAAAAGAAGGAGAAAGAGGAAAAGCGACAGGAAAGAGAGACGAGAAAGAGAAGGAUGAGGACGAGAAGAUUGAAGGAGGAACAGUGGCAAGAGGAAAAGAAGAGGGAGAAAGAGAAGUAAGAGGAAAAGUGGAUGAAGAACGAGGAGAGAAGAGAAGUCACUCGAAAGAUCAAGACCCGUCAAUAUACUCGGAGGUGAUGACUCUUGAUUGGGAGGAGGCGAAGAAAAUAAGGAUAAAAAGGAGGAGGAUAAGACUGAAGAAAAAUGGGGAGAAGGAGGAGAAAAAGAAGAGAAAUGAGGAGGUGGAGAGAAAGAAGAGGAAAACUAAGGGAAGAAGGAGGAAGAGAUGUAGAAGAUGA